AGAAAUGCGGCAAUAAAACAUAUUCGAGAAGGGACGAACAUAAUAAAAAUUUUUGCUUUCGUGAAUGAACGUGAGAUGCGGUACCUAUUAAAUACAAGUUCUUUUACAAAUUCAAAACCAGUCUUUAUUUCACCUUAAACUUGACCACGUGAGUGUCAAUUACAAUUCCAUGUUGAUAAUCGCAUUUUAUUCGUAGCUGGAUUUCGAAGUCGAGUUACACCAUGUUGCUGAUUUUGUUCGCGAUUUUUAAUAUUUUCAAUAAAUAUAUUUACUGUGAAAAUGUUAAUAACGUGAACAAGAAAGCACCUCACAUUAUUUUUAUUCUGGCCGAUGAUUUGGGCUGGAAUGAUGUUGGUUUUCACGGAUCUGACGAAAUUGCAACCCCUAACAUCGAUGCUUUAGCUUACAACGGUGUGAUUUUAAAAAAUCAUUACAGUGAAACAUUAUGCAGUCCUUCAAGAGCAGCAUUAUUAACAGGAAAAUACCCCAUUCACACAGGAAUGCAACAUAAUGUAGUCCUAGAAACGCAGGCCUCUGGUCUACCAUUAGAUGAAAAAAUAUUGCCACAGUAUUUAAAACCAUUGGGGUACAAGACUCACGCUGUCGGCAAAUGGCACUUGGGAUUUUAUAAAAAAGAGUAUACUCCGCCGUAUCGUGGUUUUGACUCUUUUUACGGAUUAUGGAACGGAUAUCAUGAUUAUUACAGACACAAUGUUCAAGCUUGGUUUAUUCCGUACGAUGGUUAUGAUAUGAGAAGAAACAUGACUACUGAUUGGUCAGCCUAUGGCAAGUACACAACCGAUAUUUUUACCGACGAAGCGGUGGAUAUAAUUGAAAGUCAUAACGCUUCCGAGCCAUUAUUUCUCUACUUGGCGCAUCUGGCUCCACACGCUGGCACUUACGAAGAUCCUUUACAAGCACCAGAAGAAGAAAUUGAUAAAUUCUCUUACCUCGAGAACUACGAUCGUCAACGUUACGCCGCCAUGGUUUCCAAAUUAGAUGAAUCGGUUGGUAAAGUGGUCGCUGCUUUGAAAGAAAAUUCCAUGUUGGAAAACUCGAUUAUAGUGUUCGUUUCUGAUAACGGUGCUCCAACUGUAGGGUUGAUGAAAAAUCAAGGAUCUAAUUGGCCUUUGAAAGGAGAGAAAUCUACUCCGUGGGAAGGAGGUGUUAAAACAGUAGCAUUAAUAUGGAGUAAAUUAUUACCAAAGACGAGAAAAGUUAGCUCUCAACUCAUGCACAUUUCCGACUGGUUACCUACAUUGUACUCAGCAGCGGGUGGUGAUAAGAACGACUUGAAUGACAUCGACGGUAACAACUUAUGGGACGUAUUAACAGGUGCCAAAAAAGAAUAUGUAAAUUACACCAUACUUCACAAUAUAGAUGAAAAAAAUGGCAAUGGUUAUGCAGCCCUACGCGAAGGUCCUUUCAAACUUGUAAACGGUACUUCUUUACUAGGAUACCUAGACAUGUGGUCUGGUAUUCCCCAAGAUGCAGUUCCCGAAUAUGAUACGAUUAAGAUAUUGCAUAGCGCAGCCAAUCAGGCAUUAAUGAAUGUAACUCGUCCUCUGACUUUUGCCGACAUUUUGACGUUGAGAAAUUUGACAAAAAUCUCGUGUAAUAUUCGCAAAGAUGUCGAGCAUCUCGAACCCUGUUUACCGAGAAAACGGCCUUGUUUGUUUAACAUUGAGGAGGACCCGUGCGAAUACUAUAAUUUAUACGACAGUAGCGAACGAAUGAAAGCCGUACAAUACAAGUUGGAAGACAAGAUUAAUGAGUUCAGAAAAACUGUGGUGAAGAUUGAUGUAAACAUCGGAAAUAACUUAUCUAAUCCAGCUUUGUACAAUAAUACUUGGACCAAUUGGGGUGAUAUUGCUGAAGAACUGUAUUCCAUCGUUGGGCUAUGAAAAUAUGAAGCAAACAAUUUCCUAGUGGUGUGGGCGGAGGAAAAACUACCGGAGAAUAACCGGUAGUUUUCCCAAAAACUACCGAAAACCUCCUACCGCUUUAAUUUGUUAGGUAGUACCGAAACUACCGGAGGAAAAAACUACCUACCGGUUGUACUAUUUUCAUCAAAUUUUACCAAAAAUGAACGUAAAAGUGCCUAAAUUCUCGAAAAAAAUGAGCCAAGAUUAAUUUGGCUAACUUUUUUAGACAUUUUAGGCUACUUUUGCGUUAUUUUACACGAUUAAAUAACAUCGUUAAUUAUUCUGUUCCAAAAAUAUAUAAUUCAACAUUCACUUUAUGCGUUUUAAAAGCUGUGAAAAACUACCGGUUAUAACCGAUAGUUCCUCCGGUAGUUUUUCAAAAUCUCCGGUAGUUCUCCGGUUGUUUUUUUCAGGAGGUUUUUUUCCUCCGGAGGAAAAAACUACCUGAAACCCACACCACUACAAUUUCCUCGAAGCACAAUAAUGUGAGAUUUAAACAACAAAAACAAAACAUCUUGAGUUGUUGAAAAAUUAUGAGAGUGCGGAAAUUUACAUACCUACCUAAAGUAUGAAAUUUUCCAACUUCAUAGGACUAGUUUCUAGACCUUGAAAGAGGUUUCGUGAUACGUUGUCUUUCAUUAUAUUUUAAUAUUAAUCAACGCCUCAACGUGAUGAAUUGAAUACGUCCGUAAGUAGAUUUUAGUCCGUACCUAGAUAACCGUCCCAUUAAGUUAUAAACCCAUUUGCAAAAGUUUGAAAGUGUCUAAAAAUAUUUAGUUCAAAAUUGACAAACGUUUGGAGUUGAUAAAUAAAAGACUGAAAAUAUCAAAACAUCUUCGGUUUUUUGUCUUGACUUUACAAAACAGUUUAUGGACAUUAUUGCCUAAAUUGAAAAUAUGCGAAUACUAGGUACAAGACUAAAAAUGUUUUUUGAGCUAUAAAAAUAAUAAUUUCAGUCUCCCGCGGCAUAAUUUCGCCCCAUCAAAUCUCUCACGGUCUACAAACCAAUUCUCAUUGUGCAGUUUAGGUUGCAUGUAGAAUUAUUACAAGGAAAAUUAUAAUAUGGAACCAUCGCCUAUAUUUAUUAUAAAUUAAUACGCAGUUAUUUUUACGACGAUGUUAAAAUGACAGAAGAAAACUCGUUUGAAACUAAUUUUGAGUUUUUGACUAUGAGAAUGCACUUCUUUGAGUACAGGAUUUGAAGAGACUGCAAACCAACUACUCCAGGAUGAUCAAUUUUUCGCCUACAGAUACCUACUAUUUUUUUCUAAAUCUUUAAUAACUCCUUAAACUUUGACAUUAUGCAAAACAUCACCAGAAAAAUAAUUUUAAUUGUCGUCGAGAUUUCGGUCGCGGUUUCCAUCGUUAAAAUAUUUCAACAAUAAUUUAUUUAUUACAUUUCUGAAAUAAUAGGUACCUACGUAGAGAGCUAGGUAGUAGGUACACGUGUUUAUCAUGACCUGCAUUUUCUGGGAAUUUUUGCAAUUCUAACUCAAUACGGAAAUUUUUGGAUGAGAAGUCGCGGUAUAAAGUGCAUUUUAAAACUUUUUGGCUUCAAAUAAAGUCGACGGUUCUUGGUAUUGGUAACUAAUCGCGGUACCGCGAACGAAUGUUUUUUCAAUUGUACUAAUUUUACACGAGUAGAAUAUAUCUAUAGAUUUGUUUUGCGAUUUCAGGGAAUGUACAUUGUACAUAUUUAUGUUGCAUUUAAAUAUUUUUUACUGUAAUGUUCCAAAUGUAUAAUUUAGUAAGAUCGAUUCCUUCGUAUACAGAUAAGACUAAGGCAAUUACAUACAGUUUUUAAACUCA